UAUUUUCAUUAGGUUUUAUUUUUGUUGAGUUGUGUGUUAGAAGUACCGGUAGUCUUAUGCCUGCAAGUGGGCUUGAAGUAGUGCUUUAAAAGUUGCUUCGAAAUUAUUACAAAACGGGAUGAAUAUAAACAAUUCUUACGAAUUUGGUAUUUGAAAAUUAUAGGUGCCUUUUGCGCACAAGUAAGCAUCAUUAAAUUGACCCUUAAUUAACUUUUACAUAAUUAAUUGCGAACACGAAGCAACAACAAAUAAAGAGCAAUAACAAAAUGUCCUCACCUAAUGUCCGCAAUCGUAACAAACUAAGUACAAGUGAGGACAAGCCCAGUCCUCCAUCCAGCCGACGCCGUUCCGGAAGUAAUUCUGCUGUUGAUGGAAUGCCGAAAGGCCUAAAGUUAUCGUUUUUGUGCUUAAUAGUUUCUGUUAUUUUAUUGCUCAUUUGUUUUGGUUUAUAUAUUGAUACAAGCAGUUCAUUCUUAGUACGUCUGGCUUCUAAAUUUGGUUAUAGUAAAAAUCAAUAUGCAGUCAUUAUAGAUGCCGGAUCAACCGGAAGCCGAGUUUUGGCAUAUAAAUUCGAUAAAAGCUUCAUUGAUAACAAAUUGGUGCUCUCCGAUGAGCUUUUCAGAGAAAGGAAACCAGGUCUAUCAUCUUUUGCUGACAAUCCAGCAAAGGGAGCGCAUCUGAUUAAAUUACUACUUGAUGAAGCAAAAGAGUUUGUACCAAAAGAAAAAUGGUCCUCUACUCCACUAGUACUGAAAGCUACAGCUGGAUUGCGUUUAUUACCACAGAGCAAAGCAGAAAAUUUGCUUAAUGCGGUUCGUGAUUUAUUUGCUAAAUCUGAAUUUAGUGUAGAUAUGAAUGCUGUCGAAAUAAUGGAAGGCAUCGAUGAGGGUAUUUUUUCAUGGUUUACCGUUAACUUUUUACUUGGGCGUUUGUCAAAAGCAAAUCAAGCAGCUGCAUUGGAUUUGGGUGGUGGGAGUACACAAGUUACUUUCGCUCCAACAGAUCCGGAUCAGGUGCCUGUUUAUGAGAAAUAUAUGCAUGAAGUAACUACGGUAAACAGAAAGGUUAGUGUAUUUACACAUAGUUAUUUGGGUUUGGGUUUAAUGGCAGCUAGACAUGGUGUAUUCACAAAAAGAUACGCAAAAGAUGCAACUGUUGUAGAGUCGAUAUGUGUUAAUCCAAUUAUAAGUAAUCGGACCUGGACAUAUGCAAAUGUGGAGUACAAAAUUAGUGGUAAAGAUAAUGCUAAAUCCACUCAAGAAAAUCCAGUCGUUGACUUUGAGGCUUGUAUAGAUCUAAUAAAAAGUCAUGUGAUGCCAUUAGUGAAACCCAAACCUGUAACACUUAAACAUCAUGCAGUUGCAGCGUUCAGUUACUAUUUUGAUCGAGCAAUAGAAUCAGGUCUAAUUGACCCAUUUGCUGGUGGUGAAAUAAGUGUUGAUUCUUAUCGUAAAAAAGCUCAAGAUGUAUGUGCCACACCGAAUGAUGAGCAACCAUUUAUGUGUUUCGAUUUGUCAUAUAUUUCUGUGCUACUCAGGGAAGGAUUUGGCUUGUCUGAUGCCAAAAAAAUAAAGCUUUAUAAAAAAAUUGAUGAUCAUGAAAUUUCAUGGGCACUGGGUUGUGCUUAUAAUGUUCUUACAAGUGAUGAAAAAUUCAAUUCCUAAGCGAUGCCUGCUAUAAGUGAUGGCUUGAAGAAAAAUCAAUUGGCGUAUUUAAAAUUUAAUGUGUAAAUGUAUUUUAGAAAAAUUUUAAAUUUUAAGGUUAUUUUACUUAAAAAAUUUAUAAACAAGCGUGCCUUAGCUAGCUAACUAUGCAAAAUAUUAAAUAAACACUUUAAUUUACUGAAUUUAAAUUCACGGUCAA